UUAGGUGUUUCAACUCGAGAGUAAUUCAUGAUCGGAACACUGUAGACAAGAACACAUAGCUAUUUGGCUAACUUGGCUUUACGCUGGUUUUUCGAUUUGAGAUUGUCUUUAUAUUAGUUUUCAGGUUUGAAGAUGGACAGCAAUCAAGAGUCCAAAGAUGGCUCAGACCGUUCAGAACUGGUGUCUGAAGACGGCAAGAAUACAAAGUCCGUGUUGUGCCAACGCUGCGGAUGCAAAGUGCUGUGCCCAGGCAUGGCCGUUUUUGCAGAAAAGGAGCUCUUUCUACCAGCCAUGCAAAAAAAGCGCAGCCUCAACUCCACAGGAGACUCGGUUGAUGGCGACACUCUGACUUCUCACUGGUUGGUGGACGACAUGUACACUUUUGAGAACGUGGGCUUCACAAAAGACGUAGGAAGAAUCAAAUAUCUCAUCUGUGCUGAUUGCGAGAUUGGACCAAUCGGUUGGCACUGUUUGGAUGACAAGAAAUGUUUUUAUGUGGCUUUGGAAAGAGUGAAUCAUGCAUAAUGAUGCUGAAUAUGUGAGCCCUAAAGACUUCAAAUAACGUGUUUGCAGACUACGCAUUACUUUGUGGAUUUAACUUGAUUCAAUCCUUCAGAUAUCUGUAUGUUUACAGAAUUGUGUGUACUUUGUUGUCUCAAAAUUGCACCGUGUUUAUUCUUAUCAAUUACACUGACAAUAUGGAGAUCAUUCUGAUCAUUCUGUCUUAAUAAAAGUUUCUACAAAGUCAUUCCUAA